AGAGAAAGAGCACUGGGCACUGGGCACCUCCUGGCAAGGGAAAGCUGAGGGAAAGGGGAAAUUCUUCAGUGGAAACCAAUUGAAUUGGGAGUAAAGCAAUGAAUCCUAAAAGAGAAAAAGAAGGCUUGGCAGAAACUCGACCUCCCGCACGUGCCAGACGCGUCGUCGGGCCCUGGAGAUGCGCGACGGGAAAACCGAUUAUUACUUCGUUACUUCUGUUAACUUACUUUAGCCGCUCAACUGCCCUACUUUGCCCUCUCUUGACUCGAUCUCAAUUGUCCCCAAUAAACAUCUUACCCCUCUUAGACAAUGGAGUCUUUGACCUUUUAGAAUUUGUUCUUCCCUUAACUUGCAAGAGAUUGCUCCUCCUACUUCUCUCCCUCCCAUUGUUAUCCCACCAUCUUUCUAUCUAAAUCCCCCCACGGAGUUGGGGCCUGUGGAAGGGGGCCCUUUCUGUCGCUGCUGCUGGUGCUGCUGGUGCUAGUGGUCCUGCUGCUCCUCGCACUUCACUGUCUACUUUACCAGUUUGUUGAAAACUUUCCCCCGAAUACUAUCAUUAACCCGCGCAUACAU